AUGGCCCUUUCACUCUCGCAAGUUUCGUUCGAGCACCAUCGAACUGCCCUAGGUAUAGGAGAGACUUCUCCUCGGAUUUCCUGGCGUUUCGAUGGGCAAGUCUCGGACUGGCAUCAAAAAUCCUAUGAUAUUGAAGUUCAAAAGCGAGGAGGAGCUGCAGAGACUUUCCAUGUAGAUUCUGCGGAUUCCGUUCUUGUUCCAUGGCCCAGUGAUCCCUUGAAGUCAGGAGAACAAGCGACUGUUAGAGUCAAAUCGACUGGAAGCAGUGAUAAGGCUAGCACCCCAUGGUCAGACCCUAUCCAGGUCGAACCGGGGCUGCUUAGCCCCGAAGAUUGGCGAGAGGCGGCUGUGUUGGCGUCGGAUCGAGCUACUGAAAUUAACGAAACGCAUCGACCUAUCUAUUUCCGAAAGGAUUUCGCUCUGAGACCAGGAUAUCCUUUCAGCAAGGCUCGCGUUGGUGACCAUGUUCUCGCUCCUGGUUGGCAGUCAUACACCCAUCGCCAUGAAUACAAUACCUACGACGUCACUGAUCUUCUGGGAAAUGGUGAUAAUACUAUUGGUAUCAUUGUUGGCGAGGGUUGGUACUCAGGGCGUCUCACAUGGAACAGCUAUCGGAAUAUCUAUGGCGAUACACUAGGCGCGCUUUGUCUGCUUGUAGUCACCAACUCCAACGGUUCAAAGACAUACAUCUCUAGCGACACCACAUGGAAUUCAAGCACGGGUCCCAUCAUUUCUUCUGAAAUUUACGAUGGGGAAACAUAUGACUCUAGACUGGAGCAAAAGGGGUGGGAUUCUCCGGGUUUCGACCAGUCGAAUUGGCUGGGGGUGCGCGAGCUCAACUUUUCCAAGGAUGCACUGGCAGCCCCAGAUGCGCCGCCAGUAAAGCGCGUGGAAGAGCACCCGUUCGCAGACGUAUUUUCCAGCGCCUCAGGAAAGACAGUUUUGGAUUUUGGACAGAACCUGGUCGGAUGGCUGCGAAUUCGCGUCAAAGGACCAAAAAGGCAGAACAUCACUUUUGUGCACACCGAAGUGAUGGAAGAUGGAGAGGUUGCGACGCGUCCCCUCCGUACCGCAAAGGCAACAGACACUUUCAUUCUUUCCGGCGAGGAGGAUGAAUGGGAGCCGUCAUUCACUUUCCACGGCUUUCGAUACGUCCAAGUUGAAGGCUGGCCAGACGAGACCAAACUUGAUAACAAUUCAGUCACCGCUAUCGUUGUUCAUACGGAUAUGGAGCAGAUUGGAUUCUUUGAUUCCUCGAACUCUCUCCUUAACCGCUUUCACAAAAACAUUCUCUGGAGCAUGCGCGGUAACUUUCUGAGCAUCCCCACUGAUUGUCCUCAACGUGAUGAGCGCUUGGGUUGGACCGGCGACAUUCACGCGUUCAGUAGAACCGCAAACUUUAUCUAUGAUACAACUGGCUUUCUUCGAGGAUGGUUACGGGAUGUGCGUUCAGAGCAAAAAGAGAACAAUUUCUCCCCACCAUCCGUGAUUCCAAACGUGAUGGGAGACUCUCCACCAACUUCGAUAUGGGGAGACUCUAUCGUGGCUGUGCCUUGGCAACUUUUCCAAUCUUUCGGAGACAAAGAUAUGCUGCAAGAGCAGUAUGCCGGAGCUAAGGAUUGGAUUGAUAAAGGAAUUCCCAGGAACGAAGUGGGCCUGUGGAAUCGUUCGACCUUCCAGUUUGCAGACUGGCUGGACCCGAAGGCUCCUCCGGACAGCCCAGGCGAUGCCACGACUGACAAAUAUCUCGUAUCCGAUGCGUACCUGAUUCACAGCACCGAACUUGUGGCUAACAUGUCUGCCCUUCUUUCGCAUGCUGAAGAUGCCGAGGAAUACACCAAGUCACGCCAAAAGCUCACCCAGGCCUUUCAGGAUGCCUGGGUAUCACAGAACGGAACUAUGGCAAAUGAGACUCAGACAGGCCUCACGUUACCGCUUUACUUCAAACUCUUCUCUGAGCCGGAGCAUUACACCUCUGCCACCAAUCGGCUUAUCGAUCUUGUCAAGGAAAAUGAAUACAAAGUAGGAACUGGGUUUGCCGGGACUCAUAUCCUCGGUCAUACCCUCUCUGAAUAUGGAGCGGCGGAUGUCUUCUUUGGAAUGCUGAUGCAAGAAGAAGACCCGGGCUGGCUUUUCCAGGUUGUGAUGAAUGGAACUACUACAUGGGAGCGUUGGGAUAGUAUGCUGGCAAACGGAAGCGUGAACUCAGGGGAGAUGACAUCUUUCAACCACUACGCUGUUGGAUCGAUCGGAAGCUGGAUCUAUGAAAACAUCGGAGGAUUGACCCCUUCUGAGCCGGGUUGGAAGAAAUUUAAUGUUGAAGUGCACCCCGGCGGUGGGCUGAGUGAGGCUACAACCAAGUUCACAAGUCCAUACGGUCUUAUAUCCACUCACUGGGAACUCGAUGAGAGCCAAGAAGAUGACGACUGCUCCAAAGAAGAGAAAGCGUUUCGCUUGACUGUUCAAGUGCCUCCUAAUAGCCAAGCAACGAUUUAUCUUCCUUCUUCGGGUUCUACGAAAAGGACGGUUGUGGUGGGAUCGGGAGUGCACAAGUAUAGUAGCUGUGUGGCCUAG